AUGGCAAAUCAAUGGGGCCAAAAGGCAGAAGAGUUGGAAAUUUCCAACAAAGUUGCUGGGUUGGGCUUGAAAAAAUCCCAUAAUCAGACUGCUGAGUCUGAUGAUUCUCCAGAUGCUGCUAAUCCAGCGGAAGCUUCAUUAUUAAUGAAAAUUAUUCGUCAAGGGUUAGUAGAAUCAAAGUUAGAUAUUGAAGUUCAAAGAAAGGACCCAAAUUCUCCUCUUUAUUCUGUAAAAACAUUUGAAGCAUUACAUUUGAAGUCAAAUUUGUUGAAAGGUGUUUAUGAUAUGGGAUUCAAUGCACCUUCAAAAAUCCAAGAAACUGCAUUACCAACUUUAUUAGCUGAUCCUCCUCAAAAUAUGAUUGCUCAGUCACAAUCAGGAACUGGUAAAACUGCUGCAUUUGUUCUAGCUAUGUUAAGUAGGGUAGAUCCAACAAAAAAUUAUCCACAAGUACUAUGUCUUAGCCCCACAUAUGAACUUGCUAUUCAAACUGGAGAGGUUGCUGCAAAAAUGGCAAAAUUUUGUCCUGAAAUAAAACUGAAAUAUGCUGUUAGAGGAGAAGAAGUACCUAGAGGUACAAAGAUAACAGAUCAUAUUAUUAUUGGAACACCAGGAAAGAUGCUUGAUUGGGGUAUUAAGUUUGGCAUGUUUGAUUUGAGUAAAAUCAAGGUGUUUGUUUUGGAUGAGGCAGAUGUAAUGAUUGAUCGGCAGGGUCAUCAAGAUCAAUGUGUACGUAUUCAUAAGUGCUUACCACCAACUUGUCAAAUGAUGUUUUUUUCUGCCACAUAUGAUAGUGCUGUAAUGGAGUUUGCGGAAAUAAUUGUACCCAAUCCAAUCAUUAUAAGAUUGCUCCGCGAGGAAGAGUCUUUAGAUAACAUUAAACAAUAUUAUGUCAAAUGUAAAAAUGCAGAAGAGAAAUACCGGGCUAUAUGUAACAUAUAUGGAGUUAUUACAAUUGGCCAAGCCAUAAUUUUUUGUCAUACAAGAAAGACUGCAAGUUGGUUAUCUGAGAAAAUGUCUAAAGAUGGUCAUUCAGUUGCUGUGUUGUCAGGUGAAUUGACUGUGGAGCAGAGAAUAGCUGUGCUUGAUCGUUUUAGAGCUGGUCUUGAAAAAGUUCUGAUUACAACUAAUGUCUUAUCUCGGGGUAUUGAUAUAGAGCAAGUUACUCUUGUUGUUAAUUUUGAUAUGCCCAUGGAUAUGAAUAGGAAAGCAGAUUGUGAGACAUAUUUACAUAGAAUUGGACGUACAGGAAGAUUCGGAAAAGCUGGAAUUGCUAUUAAUUUGAUUGAUUCACCACAAGCUAUGGAGAUAUGUAAAGAUAUAGAGAACCAUUUUGGGAAAAAAAUACAUCUGCUUGAUAUUGAAGAUGCUGAAGAAAUUGAAAAGAUUGGUGCUUAG